AUGGUGAGUUUUGGAUAUGAUUUGUCGGGACCGACCUUCCGUGCACGGGGCCUUCGGGGGCUCGGGUGGGCGGCAGCAGGUGACCGAGUGGGACUUCGAGGCGGCUGGGGGGACUGGUGGAGAGGGGGUGGUGCCGAGAUACCUCACGGGCAGAAGCGGCGAAUCCAUCGAGUAAGCACCGAAGUGGUGGAUGCAUUGCACUGUUGCUCCGAUGUGUGUGUGUGUGUGUGUGUGUGGUGAUCAAUCAGUUUUAUCAGCUUCUACUGCGCCAAGCGGGUGGCUGGUAGGCCGAACGCGAGACGAUGCGAUGCGACAGACAUCCUUCAACUGCCAAUGUCGCGCGUGUGUGUGUGUCUGUGUGUGUGUGUGGGUUUCCCACACAAGAUGUGCUGACGGAGGACUUCACACCGGCACACUUCGCAGCGUUGCCGCAGCCGGUCAGACGCCAGGUAACUCACACACGACACACGAGAUACACUACACCCGACCGGAUGAUGUGCUUCGGGCCCCUGUGUGUUUCGUUUUGUGUGUCCAUCCAUCGAUCGUCCAAGAUCGUGGCGUUGUUCUCUGUGUGCCGCGGACCCAAUGCCGCCCGGCACACGUUCCCCGAGUGCUCUUUGCGGGCCGUCACGACAUUCGCCUUCCCAGCUGCCACGACAGUGACCGAGGAGGACCUCGAGGACGGCCAAGACGGAGAGGAGGGCGAUGCGAUGAGGCGAUGACUGACUGACGAGUGAUUGAUUGGACUGAUUGGCGGGGUGGCUGGCUGGCUGGGUGGACACACAGAUCGCUAUACAGAGAGAUGUAUGUGGGUGUGUCGAGGAAUGCACGUAGCUCCGUCUGCACACUCAUGGAGAGGAGAGGAGACAGACGCACUGGGUAGGUGUGUCGGUCGGUAGAGUAGACUGCGGCGGGCCUGGUGUGUUAUGCUACGCUUUGGAGUCACUUGAGUGAUGGGAGGAUGGCCAGAGGGAUGUCUAGAUCAUCAGACAGACAGACAGACAGACGGAUUGAGAGACACGACAAGCCACCGGCCUGCAUUCUGCUGAGUGUGUGUCCAGCCAACUACACAAGGGAGCAGACGUCAC